AUGGCUUCGACAACGACACAGCAACCCGCCACCAGCACCACGUCCCCCUGGAUCGUCCUUGCGCUGGCAAGCGGCGCCUUCGCCGCUCUGAACGGACUGUUCGCAAAGCUAACAACAGAUAAUCACACAACAGCUUUUGCCCAAUCUAUAGCCCACCUAUUCGGCCUCGAGUCCUCAACUUUCUUAGAACUCCUCGUUCGCGGUGCUUGUCUUGGCCUCAAUGUACUGUGCAAUAUUAUCAUGUGGGCCCUCUUUACCCGCGCCCUGACUGCCGGCCCGUCCACCACAAAAGUGUCUAUCACAAAUACCUCAGCCAAUUUCUUGGCCACAGCACUACUCGGCAUGAUUGUGUUCAAAGAAUCGGUCGGGGGGCUUUGGUGGCUUGGCGCCGCGAUGAUGGGAGCCGGUUGUAUCUUGGUCGGAAUGCGCGAAGGGGCAUAA